AUGGGGAACCAGAUCUACACAGACGGUUCAAAGCAGGAGAAUGGUGUAGGCAGUGCUUUUGUGCACUAUGAGAAUGGCAAAACUGUACACGACUGGCAAGGACAACUUCGCACUCACAAUAGCAUCUUCCAGGCGGAAGUACUGGGAAUUACGGCAGCAGUGCAACAUCUCAUAGAUUGCCAGAUCCCACGAGCAAAUAUCUAUACCGAUAGCCUUUCAACUUUACUUGCACUUGAGAACCAUCAUCAUGUCUCACCUCUCAUACUCAGUCUCCAACAUCUCCUUAUGCAACACCCUCAUUACCAUUUCAAUCUAGUCUGGGUUAAAGCCCAUGCGAAUAAUGAGGGCAACGAGGCUGCUGACACGUUAGCCAAAGAUGCAAUCUCCAAUCCGACAGCCCAACCCAUUACCGUACCUGCGCCCUACUCUUAUCUAAAGGGCCUCCUACGAGAGCAAGGAAUGCACCAAUGGCAACUUGAGUGGACCGAAUGCGAGAAAGGCAGACGGACUUUCACCUACCUCCCGAAAGUUUCCGCCGAUCGACUCUUUGCCGUAGCACCUCUCACCUACUUCAUCACGGGUCACGGCCCGUUUCCCAGCUAUUACAAUCGCCACGGCAUCUCAAAUACAGAUAUCUGUGUCUGUGGAUCAGAAGGGUCACCAGACCAUUACGUAUUUGAAUGUCCUUUGACGGCUGCACUGCACACCAUCUUCCGCUACAAAUAA